GUGUGAGUGAGACUGUGUAGCUCGGCUUGUACCGCUGGCUAAUGCUGUGAGGUGGGAGCGGGUCUGUGUGGCCCUCAGAUGCUGAGCAGGGCCUGGAUACUGAGCAGGCGCCUCUCCACCAUGAGGCUUCAGUCUGAUGAGUUUAACGCUUUGUUUACCGACGGGUUAAAGACACUGGCAAAUAUCUUUGCUAAUGAGCGCCAUGAGCUCCGCAUAGCAGGAGGUGCCGUAAGAGAUUUGCUCUCUGGAAAACAACCGCACGAUGUGGAUUUUGCCACCACAGCCACUCCAGACCAGAUGAAGGACAUGUUUCUCAAGCAAGGGGUCAGAUUGAUCAAUAAUAAAGGCGAGAAGCAUGGCACAGUGACUGCCAGGAUAAAUGAUCAGAAUUUUGAGAUCACUACUCUACGGGUGGAUGUGCAAACUGAUGGGCGACAUGCUGAAGUGGAAUUCACUACAGACUGGGAGACAGAUGCAGAGCGGCGAGACCUGACCAUUAAUUCCAUGUUCCUGGGGUUUGAUGGGACCCUCUACGAUUAUUUCAAUGGUUAUGAAGAUUUAAAGAAUCACUGUGUAAAGUUUGUGGGGGAUUCAUCACAGCGAAUUCAGGAAGAUUAUCUGAGGAUUUUGCGCUAUCUUAGGUUUUAUGGAAGGAUCUCAAAGAGGUCGGGUGCUCAUACAUCAGGCACACUGGAUGCAAUUAAGGAGAAUGCAUCUGGGCUGAGGGGCAUCUCUGGAGAACGGAUCUGGGUAGAACUAAAGAAGAUCCUAGAGGGAAAUCAUGUCAACCAUCUGAUGCAGAUUAUCUAUGAGCUAGGAGUGGCACCACAUGUAGGUUUACCCAAAGGUGGAAACCUGGAGGAAUUUGCCAAAGUCUGUGAACGCAGCCAUCGCAUGUCUCCAAAACCCAUGACUCUCUUGACUGCUCUGUUUUCCAACACGGAUCAUGUCCAGAAUCUGGACCUAAGGUUAAAGAUAUCCAAGGAGGAGAAAAACCUGGCCUUGUUCUUGCUACAGCAACGUAGGGAGUUAACUGCUGAACGAACAGAUGCUGCACCCCUCAAGCCCUUUAAGGAUUACGUGGUUGAUUCACGUGAGCCUGAUGCACACAAAAAAAUAUCUGAGCUCCUGAAGUACCAAGGAGAAGAGCAGCUUUUUCGGGAGAUGGAGGGCUGGACAUUGCCCCGCUUUCCAGUCAGCGGCCAUGAUUUGCGGCGUAUGGGCAUUUCCUCUGGCAAAGAUAUCGGUCGAAUUCUUCAGGAACUGAGGGAACACUGGAAGGAAAGUGGUUAUCAAGCUAGCAAAGAGGAGCUUCUGAACAGAGUUGGGCAUGAGUGAAUCUCCUACAUUGAGAUGAAUGAAGGGAUUUGUUCCUGUCACAGAGAAGCUCUGAAAAAAGCAAAUAAGGAGCCUCCAUAUGAGUACGGCGCAGGGCUGCUUACUAGGGAGUAAGGUGUAUGAUUUGACCUAAAUAUGGCCAGUGUGACCGAAUAUGCAGUCAUGGACAGAAUCACCUGGUGCCUCCCAGGGAUACUGAAUUGUCUUAGUUCAACCAAAGAAUGUUAUAGAUGGUACCAGUCAUUUGGGGAGAAAUGAAUAAAGACAGAGAGGUGGUUAUUA